AUGGUAGCGAUCCGGCGUCAGAGUUGGCGAGAAGCUCUGAAUUCGCUGGAGGCGCUGAAAGUGCGCAGGAGGCCUCUACCCUUCGAUGUGUGCAGCGCCGCAAUCGCAGCAUGUGGGCGAGGCCAGCAGUGGCAGCGGGCCACGCUGCUGUUGGAGCAACACCUCGCCUCGGUGCCCGAGACCUCCGGCAACGUGGCCGUGAUCGCGGCGGCCAUCCACGCGUGCAGCGCGGGCUCGCAGUGGGCUCGGGGACUGCAGGUGUUGGCCGGACGGAUGGGUUUGGUGCAGAACGACUUCGUCUGCAGCGCGGCUGUGGGCGCCCUGCAGCGCGGCAGCCGCUGGCAGGAGGCGCUCCGGGUCUUCGCGGCGUCCCCGUCCCCGCGGGGCCUCAUCGCCUCCAACGUGGCGCUGCGCGCCUGCGAGGCGAGCUCGGCCUGGCAUGUGGCGCUGCUUCUGCUGACGGGCCUGGGCUGCCGGGCAGACGUCGUGAGCUACACCACCUGCGUCAACGCAUGCGCCUCCGCGGCCCAGUGGGCAGCGGGCCUGCGGCUCUUCUGGGACCUGCUGAAGCGCGCGCCCGUGGACAGCCUGGCGCCCAACGCGCUGACGUACGGCGCCGCGCUGAAGGCCUGCCAGAAGGCCGGCCGCUGGCGCGACGCGCUGAGCUUGCUGCGGGAGAUGGCGGACGAGCGGAGGGUGAGCGCGGUGGCCUUGAAUUCCGCCAUGGACGCGUGCGUGAGGGGCAAGCGCUGGCAGCACGCGCUGGUCUUGUUCGAGGACUUCCGCCGGCUGAGUGUGGAGUCAGAUGUCGUCUCAUACUGCACGGCCGUGGGCGCCUGCGCGCAAGCGGCCUUGUGGCCGGCCUGCGUGGUCCUCUUGGCAGAGAUGGUGGACGAAGACCUGGAGGUCCAGGUGGCGCGGAACACGGCGCUGGCUGCUUGUGAGAAGCAGAGCGCCUGGCAGCCGGCCCUCGGCAUCUUGGGCUCGCGCCUCGAGGCCUCGGGCCCGGGCCGCGUGCUGGCGGCGCGCGCCUGCGCCGACGGCUCCGCCUGGCGCCACGCCUUGGCCCUGGCGGAGGACUCCGACUCGGACGCGGCGCGGGCGCGGGUGCUGGCGGCGUGCCUCAAGUCGGUGCCCUGGGCGCUGGCCCUGCGGAUGAUGGAGGCGGAGGAGGCGGCGGGGGCGGUGGAUUUGAUGAGCUGCAGCGCGGCGAUGAAGGCGUGCCAGGUGGCCCGGCAGUGGCAGCGAUGCCUGGGGGUGCUGGACAUGGUGUCGCGGGGCCGGCUGCGGGUGGACACGGUGGCAUACAACACGCUCUUGAGCGCCAUGGACGCCUGGCAGCAGAUGCUGCAGGUUUUGCAGCAGAUGCAUGUUGCGGCGCUUCGGCCGGACGCGGCCAGCUGUGGGCUGGUGCUGGAGGCCGCCGGACGAGACGCUGACACCGACGACUGGCGCCGAGCUCUGCAUCUGCUGCGCUGCUUGGAGCAAACUGCGCUGUUCCCGGAUCUGGUGGCCUACGACUCCCUGAUCACGGCGCUGGCGAGAGCGGAGCAGCCGGAGCUGGGGCUCUUCUUCCUUGCAGAGUCGGAGCCAAGAAGGUCGCCUUUGUCGCUGAUGUGGGCGCUGGCCGAGUUGUGCGUGGACGAUGCGGAAGUGAUCCACGGCGCAUGCGUGGAGGCAGCCGAGGAUUUCCGGCGUGGGCUUUGGUCGCCCGGCGACUUGUCCCAGUUCCUGUGGUGCUGCACCGUGCUGGGCGCUCUUCCUGGCCCUCUCAGGGGCCAGGUGGCCCAGGCCCUGGUGCCACACCUGUCGACGCUCUCCGCGCGGCAGCUGGCGGAGACGGCCGUGGGCGCGGAGGCGGAGUUGCUGCAGGCCGUGCAGGCUGCAGCGCUCGCCCUUGACCCGCAGACCCUGGCGCUGGCGGCAUCUGGCAAGUAUGUGCUGGGCAUUCUCUUCGCGGCUUCCCUCCGCCGGGUGUUGCGUUCGGACUUUCUGGAGCUCACGCGGGCGCGGCUUUUGGCGGUCGGCCGCGGCUUGGAUGCCGAUGAGUUAACCUCUGACGUCCAGCUCGGAGCGGCGGAGGUGCUGCGUACAGAAGUCCAGCGGGAGACGGGCGCAGAUGCCUUCGUGCAGAUGGAUUUGUGCGACCGGGCGGUGGUCUACAAACCCCAGGACUGGGAGGUCUACGGAAACCACACCUCCCAGCAGCUCUCGGCCUUUGUCGCCUCCGCCUGGCCGGGGCAAGUUUCGGCGCCGAUUCUGCGGGACCGAAACCACAACCGGGGGUUCCUGCACCGCCUGGACGUGCCCAGCUCCGGGCUGAUCCUCUUCGCCAAGACCUUCGAGGCCUUCUACGACCUCCAAGUGCAGCUCUGCGCCGGCGAGGUGCUGCGGGAGUACGCGGCGCUGUGCCACGGCUGGGCGCCCUCCCGGGCGGUGACGGCACAGCAGGUGGAGGGCGUGGCGCGCCCAGCUCGGUCCGGGGGCCGGGGCAAGCCCAGCCGCACCCACCUGGCGCUCGCCGCCCGAGACCACGCCCUCGGGGCCAACCGAAACCGGGCGCUGAGCGAGGUGGUGCUGCGCCUGGGCACGGGGCGGAAGCACCAGAUCAGGAGUCAUUUGGCCCACGUGGGCCAUCCAGUGGUGCGGGACGGGCUCUACACCAGCCGGGCCACGUUUCAGGAAGAUCUGGAGCUCUGCGCCAGGAACUGGUUGCACCGGCAGCGCCUGACCUUCCGAGACGUGGAGGGCAGGCGGAGGGACGUCUUUUGCCCAUUGCCAGCGGAUCUCAGCGCCUGGAGUUGGUUGCUGGACUCGCUGCCGAAGACCGUGGGCCAGGCAGUGAGCAGCAACGACUCCUGCCACUACCACAGCGGAGGGCAUGGCGCCAUUCGGGUGGUCAUCGGCAGUGACAAUGUGCGGAGCCUCGUCUUCGACGACGACCCAGGCUUUCGGGAAGCGACCAUUGCUUGCAAGGGCCGGAAGCCGCACCUGCUGCGGUGGCCUUUGUCCAAGGCCCCGGCCACUCUGAGCUGCGAGGACCCCGCGGUGAAGACGCGGUUCCGCUGCGAGGCCCCGGACAUCGACAAGACGGACUGGCCGGGUCAGUGGGUGGCCUGGCUGGAGACCUGCCGCAUGCGGCCGCAGAAGGUGCUCUUCCUGGGCCUUGGAGGGGGCUACUACCAGAGCUACCUGGCGGCCCAGUGCCCUGGGUCCCAGGUCCUGACGCUGGAGAACAACGCCACCGUCCUGGCGGCCGCCAGGGACUACUUCGGCUUCCAAGGAGAUGUGAUGCUGGCAGAUGCCACCGAUGGAAUGAAGUACUUGCAGAGCAAGGGGGUGAAAUUUGAUGCGGUCAUCAGCGAUAUGGGCCAGCGCCCAAUCGAGGAUGACGACCUGCUGCUCGCGCAAAAGCUGCUGCGGCCAGGCGGGACCUUCUUGUUCCAGUGGUGUUACGGCGGCCUGCGGAAGCACGAGAUGAAGCUGGACAAAAUGAUGGACUUCUUCGUGGAUGUGAGUGCAGUGGCAGACAAAGAUGGACGCUGCACCUUCUACGCGGCCGAGAAGGCUGCCAGCGACGAGCACGCCGCCUCCUUGCCCGAAACCGUCUGGGCGAUUAUGCUGCUGCUGAAGAUCCAAAUCUUUCAAGUGGCCGAUACGCUCCCCAACUUGACUCCGGAUGUGAUCAGCGACUAUGAGAUGUUCUAUCCCAUCGGGACGCUGGUGCCAAACAUGGAGUUGGUCAUGGGGCUGCAAGCGCUGCUGGGCUUGAUCACUUGGCUUCGCGUGCUCAAGUACUUGACGCUCUCGCGAACGUUCUUGCCCUUCGUCCGGGUCUUUGAGCGCUGCUUCAUCGCCCUGAUCAAAUACUCGGCCCUGCUGUCCGUGGCCCUGUUCGGUUUUGCGGUUGCCAUCUACAUUGGCUUCGGCACCGAGGAAGGGAUCUACAACAGCAUUUGGAGCACCUUCGUGGCGGUGGCCGUGGCGCCCGCGGGCGGCGUGGACUUGAGCCCGGUGAUUGACAAGACCAACAGCCUGGUCGCGCCGAUCAUCCUCUUCUCCUACAUCAUUGUCGUGGUCCUGCUGGUGCUUACCACCUUCAACGCCAUCCAGAUUGACUCCUACAGCGUGACCACGUAUGAGCUGCUGACCCUGAAGCGGCACAAGGCGGCAGGAGCCGGCGGGGACCCCACCAUCAUCUUCAUUUGGACCUACCUCAACGCCCUGAAGGGCGUGAAGCUUGUGGGCAAGGAGCUCUACCCCCAGCUUAGGGGAAGGUUCAUGGCGACGGAUAAUGUGAGGUAUCACAUUCUCUACUGGGAGGGCGAGAACCAGCACGGCAUCUACUUGGAGCAACGGGACAUCAUCAAGGAGACUACCGGCAAAGAUGGCGCUGGCCGGUGCUUCGUGUGCGGCCAUGCGGCAGACACCUGGAGAAAUCGGCUGGACAACAUGAGCGCCACGCUGCGGAUGGUCGACGGGCCUUCGGGCACGCGCUUUCGCCAGGACGUGGUCGCCUUUCACUGCCUCUCGCCGAAGCUGGGCAUCUCCUAUGACCUCAGGCAGUUCGAGCGGUUUCUGCUGGCGGUGGACCAGCGGUCCCUCACAGAGAAUCACAUCCUCGGCACCGCCCUGGCGGUGUCGCGGCGGGAGAUCCCGCCCGCCAGCUGCGGGGUGACGGUGAGUCCUUGGCGCACUCAGCCCUGGGAGCGCUGGAUGGAGGAGAAGGCCAAAGAGCUGAGCAAGCAGGCGGAAGAGCGGGGCGGCGUCAGCGUAGGACUGCUUCUGGACAAGGACGGCUUCGAGGUGCGGCCCUUUGGCACGGGGCUGUCCAUGUUCACGCAGCAGCCGGAGAAGCCCAUCCGGGAGAUCCUGGUAGUGCUGGGCGGUCCCCGGGGCAUUGAGGACAACGUGCUGACAGCUUUGGAGACGGCAGGCUCCUUCCUGCACCUGGGACUGAUGAAGGUGAAACUGCCGGGGGGGUUGCAGCACUCUUGCGUGGCCUUGGGGGAUCUUCUGGCCUUCCAUGAUCGAGGCUAUUUGCAGCCUAUCAUGGAAGAUCACCGGGACCUGGGGAAGGAGUCUUACAAGCUUUGGACCGAACACAUGCAGAAAGCCCUGCAUAACUGGACCGGGUCCGAGUUGUCGCUGGAAGACAAAAAGGAGGCGCUGCGGGGGUUCAUCCGGAGCUGCCAGUCGGGGCAGAGGGACGAAGGGUCCUGGCACUACCCCAUCACCGAUGACCUGGAGAAGACGCCCAGCCAGGUGGAGGCCUACUUGGCGGAGCUGCAGGCGGAGGGCACUCUGCUGGGGAAGAGGCCCUGGCGGGUGCGCCAGAGCUUGCAGCGCUUGGAGCCCGGCAGGGCCUUUCAAGUGCUGGCGGCCUGCCGCGCCAAGCGCCUCAGGUGUCUGAAGCUGGGCUUCGACUUCGAGGCCUGGCAGGAGCUGGGGGAGGACCUGGACAGGGCCAUCGAGCAGAAGAAGCCCAAGGAGAACUCCACCCCAGAGCACGUGCGUCUCAUGCUGCGCAAGGUCCGCGCCGCGGCGCCCGCGAGGCUGGAGGAGGCGGGCUUGGAGGAGCUGAGCUGCGAGCUGGCCUGCCAGCUGCUGGACCAUCUGCUGCGGGCCCGGAGGGUGCCGCCGCGGCCGCCGUCGCGCUGCGCGGGGCUGGCGGCGGAGGCGGCGCUGUGGGCGGCGAAGCGGCACAAAGGGGUCGGCGCCCAGCUGACGUUGCAGGGCGUGGUGCAGAAGCGCAAGCGGCCGCGCGUGCCUUCGCGGGAAGACUACCACUGGCUCCAGAGCCAAUGCAAGAGGAAGCGCCCCUUUCGCGAUUGGAAGUGGCCCGCCCAGCCCUCGGAAGGAUGGACAUGGCAGGGCAAUCAGACCGCUGAUCAAGGCAACUGGGCAGACAACACUUCUGGUCACAAAAGCUGGGCAGACCACACUGCCCCUCAUGACCAGAGCAAGUGGGCAGACCACACUGCCUCUGGGGACCAAAGCAAGUGGGCAGACGACACUGCCUCUGGGGACCAAAGCAAGUGGGCAGACCAGCCUGCCUCUGGGGACCAAAGCAAGUGGGCAGACCAGCCUGCCUCUGGGGACCAAAGCAAGUGGGCAGACCAGCCUGCCUUUGGGGACCAAAGCAAGUGGGCAGACCACCCUGACCAAAAGUGGGCAGACCACCCUGUCUCUGGGGACCACAGCAAGUGGGGAGACCGCCCUGACCAGAACAAGUGGGCAGACCAGCCUGCCUCUGGGGACCAAAGCAAGUGGGCAGACAACGGCAAGUGGGCAAACCACCAAAGCAAGUGGGCAGACCACACCGCCUCGGGUGACCACAGCAAGUGGGCAGACCACACCGCCUCGGGUGACCACAACAAGUGGGAAGACCGUACCGCCUCCGGCGAUCAAGGCAAGUGGGCAGACCCCUCUGACCAUGGCAAUGACGGCAAGUGGGACGACCACUCUGUUUCCGGCGAUCAAGGCAAGUGGGUUGACCACACUGCCUCUGGUGACAGGUGGGCAGACCACUCCGACCCUGUUGAAGGCCAGUGGCCAGACCAUACAGGCACCAAAGGCUGGGCGCAAAUCCAGUCUGGCGACCAAAGCAAGUGGCCGGACAAGCAGUCCAAUGAUGAAGGCUGGCGAGGAUGGGGAGGCGCCGAUGAGAAUGGAGGCGGCCGCUCAGGCGGCAAGUGGCAGGAGGCUUGGCUUAGGGCCCGCGCAGGCCAGCCCUCUGCGGCGCCGACGGCUUCGGCUCCGGCGCCGUCGGCGGCCGCGAAGGCGGCGCCGUCCACGGCGCCGAAGCCGAAGCUGCGGCCGCAGCCGCCGAAGCAGCCGCCGCCUUUUGCGGCGCCGGCGCUGGGGCCGCUGAGGGAACGCAGCAUCUGGCGCCGCUCCAAGAAGGCGGCGGAGGCGAAGCCGGAGGCGAAGGCGCCCGAAGCCAAGAAGGAGGCGCCCGCCGCGGCGCGGGCGCCGGGCGGCGAGCUGGAGCCGGCCGGGGGGGGAGAUGACCCCGUCUACACGGUGGUGGAGGCUCCGGAGAACUUUGUGGUCGAGGGACUGAAGCUCGCCGGGGGCGUCCUCUCGGACCACGAGGAUGUGCGCGCAGGCAAGGUGGUUCAGGUGGCCAAGCACCCAGAGGAGUUCAUGAUGCACUACUGGCUCAAGGUGGAAUAUGGUGACUCAAAGAUCGCCUUCGUGCACACCCUGAUGAGUUGCGGCUGGAACUCUUCCUGUGUCAUCCGUGAUGUUGGAGCGGCCCAGUUCCCCCCAGACCCGAACAACCUUCCAGCAGGAAAGCCGAAAGAGGCGGCGGCCCCAGCGGCGGCGGCCCCGGCCGCCCCAGCAGAGACCCCUGCGGCAGAUGGCCUCUACAAGAUCACGGAGAAUGACACCGACUUUGUCAUCGAGGGCUUGAACCUUGCUGGGGGGGCCAUCUCGGACCAUGAGGAUGUGCGCGUAGGCAAGGUGGUUCAGGUGGCCAAGCACCCAGAGGAGUUCAUGAUGCAGUACUGGCUCAAGGUCGAAUAUGGUGAGUCGAAGAUCGCCUUCGUGCACACCAUGAUGAGCUGCGGGUGGAACUCCUCCGCCGUCAUCCGCGAUGUUGGGGACGCCCAGUUCCCCCCAGAUCCGAACAACCUUCCGGCAGGAAAGCCGAAAGAGGCAGCUCCAGUGGCCGCCGAGGACUCCUUCUUCCCCGAGCCCGUCUACACGCUCGUGGAGGCGCCGGAGGCCUUUGUGCUUGAGAGCUUGAAGAUUGCCGGAGGAGAAGUCUCGCGCCAUAAGGACAUACAACACGAAGGCAAGGUGCUGCAGGUGGCCAAGCACCCGGAGGAGAUGAGGAUGCAGUACUGGCUCAAGGUCGAAUAUGGCGACUCGAAGAUCGCCUUUGUGCACACCUUCAUGAGCUGCGGCUGGAACUCCGACUAUGUCCUUCGCGAUGUUGGGGAGGCCCAGUUCCCGCCGCCCCCCACGAGCUUGAUGGGGCCGCCGGAAGCGGGAGCGGGACCGCUGCCGGACCUGAAGCCUUCAGACUACGCCAUGGAGUUUGUGGACCCGUCGCAUCAGGAGGCGAUCAAGACGGACGCCGACCUGAAGAGUGCCUUCCCGGAGAUGUCUGAGGGCGAUGUGAAGAGCAUCUGGCGGGGACCCACCGGGUUUUGGCUGGAGGUGGUGGCGGAGCCGGACCGCACCCGCUACGGCGCCCACUUCUUGCAGGACGAAGAAUCCAGGCCGGAGCCGCCGUACAAGUGCAACUGCGCGGUGCGGCUGGCGGCGGAUGAGGAGUUCCCCCCGGAGCCUUUGGUCACGAAGGGCAAGGCCGUAGCAUUCAGCUGA